ACGCUUACUGUUACAUCCGCCGAGAAUCUCAGAUCCGACUCCGCCACCACUCCACCUUGAUGCUUGCCCAGCCAUAAAUAGAUGGAGCCCAGAAACCGCCCUUGCCAUCCCGAUCCACGCUGUCGUCACCAAGCGUAGCCAUUGGGGAGAGCGCAGAGGGGCGCCACCAUGGCCAUGUGUGAGGAGGUGCCCCGACUGCACCUAGAUCCCACCUCUGACUGCACCAUGAAGCUGCGCGGGGUCGUCGGGGAGUUCCUAGAGAAGGCCGGGUCAGGGUCGCCGCGUUUGUUUUUGCCGUUGCUGGAGAAGAACAGGUGGUUCAAGAGGAGCCACACAACGAGGAGUUCGAUUCGAUCUAGAUGGCGUCUCCCAAUUGACUUUAUGGCGCCAAGGAUGGACUUUAGUUCGAUCUAUAUUUAUCUUUUAUUUUGUAAGACUUUCGCUAUGUAAUAAAUACUCUGAUUAUAUUGUGACAUUUAUCUCUAUACA